CUCCGGACCGUUCCAUCCAAUGAGCCGCGCGCCCUUGUCCAGCGCCGCCAACUAAACCGGCUUGGAUGAUUCGCGACCUGAGCAAGAUGUACCCGCAGACGCGACACCCGGCACCGCAUCAGCCUGCUCAGCCCUUUAAAUUUACCAUUUCCGAGUCCUGCGAUCGGAUCAAGGAAGAGUUUCAGUUUUUGCAGGCUCAGUACCACAGCCUGAAGCUGGAAUGUGAGAAACUGGCCAGUGAGAAGACAGAGAUGCAGCGGCAUUAUGUCAUGUAUUAUGAGAUGUCCUAUGGGUUGAAUAUAGAAAUGCACAAGCAGGCAGAGAUUGUCAAGAGGCUGAAUGCGAUUUGUGCUCAAGUCAUUCCUUUCCUGUCUCAAGAGCACCAGCAACAAGUGGUGCAGGCUGUGGAACGGGCCAAGCAGGUGACCAUGGCAGAACUGAACGCCAUCAUUGGGCAGCAGCAACUCCAGGCCCAGCAUCUAUCACAUGGACACGGUUUGCCAGUGCCUCUGACCCCACACCCUUCCGGGCUGCAGCCCCCAGCCAUUCCACCCAUCGGGAGCAGUGCCGGGCUCCUGGCGCUCUCCAGUGCCCUGGGGGCCCAGUCCCACCUGCCCAUCAAAGAUGAGAAGAAGCACCAUGACAACGACCACCAAAGAGACAGAGACUCCAUCAAGAGCUCCUCCGUAUCCCCAUCAGCCAGUUUCCGAGGCGCCGAGAAGCACAGAAAUUCAACGGACUACUCUUCUGAUAACAAAAAGCAGAAAACUGAAGAAAAGGAAAUUGCGGCUCGUUAUGACAGUGACGGGGAGAAGAGUGACGACAAUUUGGUGGUCGACGUUUCCAAUGAGGAUCCAUCUUCUCCUCGAGGGAGCCCAGCACAUUCCCCCAGAGAGAAUGGCCUGGACAAGACACGCCUGCUCAAGAAAGACGCCCCUAUCAGUCCAGCUUCCAUUGCAUCCUCCAGCAGUACUCCUUCCUCCAAAUCCAAAGAACUUAGCCUUAAUGAGAAGUCUACUACUCCGGUUUCCAAGUCCAGUACCCCUACUCCACGGACUGAUGCUCCCACCCCAGGCAGUAAUUCCACUCCUGGACUUAGGCCUGUACCCGGAAAACCGCCAGGAGUUGACCCUUUGGCCUCAAGCCUGAGGACCCCAAUGGCAGUCCCCUGUCCGUAUCCAGCCCCGUUUGGGAUUGUGCCCCACGCGGGCAUGAACGGGGAGCUCACGAGCCCCGGCGCUGCUUAUGCUGGCCUGCACAACAUCUCACCGCAGAUGAGUGCUGCUGCCGCCGCUGCGGCUGCCGCCGCCGCCUACGGACGCUCUCCAGUGGUUGGAUUUGAUCCACAUCAUCACAUGCGUGUGCCAGCUAUCCCUCCAAAUCUGACAGGCAUUCCAGGAGGAAAACCAGCCUACUCCUUCCACGUCACCGCCGACGGGCAGAUGCAGCCUGUCCCUUUCCCCCCCGACGCUCUCAUCGGACCAGGCAUCCCCCGGCACGCUCGCCAGAUCAACACCCUGAACCACGGGGAGGUGGUGUGCGCAGUGACCAUCAGCAACCCCACCAGACACGUGUACACGGGGGGCAAGGGCUGCGUCAAGGUCUGGGACAUCAGCCACCCGGGCAACAAGAGCCCCGUGUCCCAGCUCGACUGCUUGAACAGGGAUAACUAUAUCCGCUCUUGCCGAUUGCUCCCUGAUGGCCGCACCCUGAUCGUGGGCGGGGAGGCCAGCACCCUGUCCAUCUGGGACCUGGCCGCCCCCACCCCGCGCAUCAAGGCGGAGCUGACGUCCUCUGCGCCCGCCUGCUACGCCCUGGCCAUCAGCCCUGACUCCAAGGUGUGCUUCUCGUGCUGCAGCGACGGCAACAUUGCAGUGUGGGACCUGCACAACCAGACGCUCGUGAGGCAAUUCCAGGGCCACACGGACGGGGCCAGCUGUAUCGACAUCUCCAACGACGGCACCAAGCUCUGGACGGGCGGCCUGGACAACACCGUCCGCUCCUGGGACCUGCGGGAAGGACGGCAGCUGCAGCAGCACGACUUCACCUCCCAGAUCUUCUCCCUGGGCUACUGCCCAACUGGAGAGUGGCUGGCCGUGGGGAUGGAGAACAGCAAUGUGGAAGUGCUGCACGUCACCAAGCCGGACAAGUACCAGCUGCAUCUUCAUGAGAGCUGUGUGCUGUCGCUGAAGUUCGCCCACUGUGGCAAAUGGUUUGUAAGCACUGGAAAGGACAACCUUCUGAAUGCCUGGAGAACACCUUAUGGGGCCAGUAUAUUCCAGUCCAAAGAAUCCUCAUCGGUGCUUAGCUGUGACAUCUCCGUGGAUGACAAGUACAUUGUCACUGGCUCUGGGGAUAAGAAGGCCACUGUUUAUGAAGUCAUUUAUUAAGGACAAGUCUUCAUGCAAACUGGACUCCUUCUCCUUGUAGCACUUUGUUCUGUCAUCCUUUCUCUCACACCCUUCUCCCAUCUAAAACCAAGGAUUUCAGAUACUCAUUACCGUUGUGGAGUUGAAUCCCCUUCCUCACCCCUACCUCCUCCUUGCUAUCGAAUUGUGAAUACUCAUUAAGAACCUGUGAUACCAAAUCUUCAGCUAAUACUUGGAAGAACAUGGAAUAACCAUACUUAACAGUGAACAGAAUCUUUAAUUAUGUAUUAUAUCUGUAAUAUAUUUAUUUUGUUUAAAGAAGGCUUUCUAACAAUGAUUGACUAAAUAAAGCUGUCUGCUCCUGCAUUGAAAAUGAAGAUGCGUUGUAUUUGAUAACCUCCCCCCUUUUUUUUGGCAAAGGAGGGGAAAGGAAGGCUUAAAAGAAUUGUCACUAAAUGUAGACUAAUGACUGUAUAGAGAUGUGAAAUGUAUAAUUACAUAUGGAAGCAAUAUGUUGCCGUGUUGUUAGAUUUUUUUGUUCUGUUUCUUGUUUUUUUACUUAUUUUAAAGAAGAUAUUUGGCAAUUGAAGCAAUUAGAAGAUGAGAGGCCAAGUCUUAUUCAUUGAGUCUAUUUGGGCACGUUUAACCAAUAUAUCUAUAGUUUUAGAUUAUAUUUGAUAAAAGUAAUUGGAAUUUUUCAUUUUUCACUUGUCGACAAGUGUCUUUGUAAUACGUUUUUAAUUCAUUUUUUAUUGUAUUAUAGACCGAUGAACAAACUAAAUUCGGCCUCAAAAGGAGAACAUAAUCUCUUCUGGAUAAUUUGACACGUUUCUUUGCAAAGGGAGAUGUAUAUCUUUUGCCAGUUUCGUCAUGAGAAGUUCUAGUCUCUUUUUUGGCAUGUUCUUUGGGAACUGCACAGAUUCAGGGGAGGAGUACUCCUGUCGUGUAAGGCGAGUCCUUCACAAAACAAGGACAGCGGAGGAGGACUUGCAGGGCCUCCCUCUGCAAAGCAGAAAGAAUGGACUCUCACCCGGGAUGAGGACUUGUUCUUUUUUACCUCCAUUUUUUCCCAUGUCUUAGUUGGAUGUCCCUGAAACGGACACAGGCUGUGCCAUUGUGCCAGAAACAUUGUGUUAUCUUUUAUGUUGUUGUUGUUGCUGUUAAACUAUGAUAUGUGACUCCUUUUUUUAUUUUUUAUUUUUUGAAUGCUUUAAAAAAAAAUCUUUUAAGUCUGUGGAUCUGCUGAUGUACAGUGCCUUUGCUGCUAUGGAUCAAAAUCAAGAGAACCAUGUAGAUAAAUUUUAUUGUAUAAGUAGAAAAUUAUUAAUUUCAUACUAGAAAUGGAUGGAUGCUGCAAGUUGAAAUGGACUGUCCAUUGACGUUCCUAAUGUGGUAGCAGAAAAAAAAAUGGUGUCUUAAGUGCUUAGUGUUUGAUGUCAUUAACAGUUUCGUAAAACUCUACAGUGUAGAAAGAUUUUGAUACUAAACUGUGCAUUGUACAUAGUUCUAAUGCAUUGUAUUGACCACCAGUACUUCUAUAAUGGUAGAUUGUUUGUGCAUUCAGACUUUUAAGCAUUAAACAUAAUAACUUCUAG